AAUUCUACGUUCAGUUGGAGUGAACGCGCGCGCGGUGGUCCGCCGAGGCUCCUUGUUGUCGGCUGAUCUGAAUGCAUUCUGUUCGAUCGAUAUCUUGUGAACUUGGGUGCAGACGUUCAGUGCAUGCGUGCAUUGUGUUAUUAAAAUUCAAAUGAACCUUGAUUUAAAAAAAAUGCGGUGUCAUGAAUUAGUCACGGUUUAGAUUUUUUUCUAAGAUGGGCGCUCCGGCCUGGGGUUCGCGGGGCGGCGGCGACCGGCCGCGGCUGCUGAGGAUGACGCCGCUGCGCCACAGCUUCGCAGCUCCCGCCUCGCCCCCUGCACCUCCCCCGCCGCGCACCCACGACUACGCCUCCGACGCUGACACUAACAAGAAAGAAGACAGCUGGAAUGCCAAUUUAUCGCAAAGAUGGCGGAAGCUUCGUAGACGUUGUUCGAGACUACGGCCAGGUACAAACGGGAACAGAGAGGCUAGCCCCGUGCGGUGUUCUCCUUCCCCUCCCCGUCCCCCACAACAUUGUUCUCCUGCACAACCGUCCAAACUUUCCUUCAGGCAUCGAGGGAAAGUUUACACAACUGCAUCAUUACGCGUCACAAGUGGUGCACCAGAUAUUCUCCGCGCUCUUGGGAAACUCGGUGGGGGACUUCGAAGACGAGCCUUAUCGGCACAUGAUGUAUUGGCGCCGCCACAACAGCAACCUGCCACAUUCUAUGUUCCUAGCCCCACUUCCACAGUUCGAGUACCUUCUUCACCUUCACCACAACGGCCGUCUUCCACAUUACGGCGUCGCUGCAGCUCUCCAAACGUCUACAGGGCCAAAGGUUCUCCAGCGCCACGGGAUCGCACUCCCUUGAUAAAUCAAGAAGACGAAAGUCGAGACGUGGUCGAUUACAGUUAUGUUCCAGAAAGAAGGAAAAAUAAUUCUGAAGGAAGAAGUCGCCGGCCUUACAGUGAGAAUGUUGAGCUGGAUAUGCCGUUAUAUAGAAAUGGUUAUAACCGACUGACUUCGGAAGCCUCACAGAAAUUGUGGGAGGAGCCUUAUAGGCUACCUCGUGUCCAAGCCCGACAAGAGCCAAUACAGCAGUUGCGAAACUGCGUAGCGGAGUUAAGAGUGAGCGCAACUCCGAGGUCAGCGCGACCUCCUCCAGCGCCCCCCACGACGGUACCGCAGACCAAGAGACCACCACCACCCGAACCAAGAGAUUCUCACACAUUUGAGGUGCGUUUCACAAAGUCUGCCGGGGGAAAAGGCCUCGGGUUCAGCAUAGUUGGUGGUCGGGACUCUCCACGCGGAGACAUGGGCAUCUUCGUCAAGACCAUAUUCAAUAAUGGACAAGCUGCUGAAUCUGGAUUGCUCAGAGAAGGAGACGAGAUUGUAUCAGUAAAUGGGCGAGGCACGGCCGGGCUGACACACGGCGAGGCGAUCAGGUUGUUCAAAGACGUGCGCGCCGGCCCUGUGCUCCUGCGCAUCGCGCGACGAGCGCCUGCGCGCUGACUGCCCUGCGCCUGCUGCGGUGACAACACCGCGCAGGCGCCAUACCGUUACGAUAUUUAUUCUACUAUGUGAUGCCGUCAUCAUCACUUUUAAGCCACUGGCUAUGAAUGGAAUAGUAGGAUGGGCCAUGUCUCUCAUGGGCUAUACGGAGCCAAUUCCUUCCAAAGCACGUAGUUAUACAUUUUUGGUCGCCCAUUUCCACUGCGCCACCAAGCUCCUCCAUGAUGCCGUUCGAUCGGUCAAAACGUUUUAGUGAUCCGUAAAAUACUGACGAUCGUGUUCGCAUAAGGCGUGAGGUCUUAGACUGUAUGUACUUGUAUUGACAGUAAUUUAAUGACGCACGAAAAACAAUUGUUAUGAGUGUAGACCUACUAAAACUUGCUACUGCCUUCAGCUUAGAUAUCGCUUUGUUGUCUAUGAUUCAGCGUAUUAACUACUCACUCUAAUGUAAAUAGUAAUAGAAGAUAGAAUCUAUAGUAGUAAAUCUAUAAAUUACACGAAACAAGUGUCUCAGGACUGCUUAUUAAAAAAAUAGAUAUACACAUAUUUACUAAACAUAUAUUAUAAAUUACAUAAAACAAGUUUCUAUACUAUUCUUCUAAUUCAUGUGAUAGAAAAAGGUAACCAUUGCCAUCUAUCUUCCAAAUCAACAGGUGAAGUAAACGUGGGUCAAUGUACCUCACGGGCAUGUAGCAAGUUUAAGCUAUUCAUUUAUACAUUUAUAAAAUGAAAUAACUCUUUUUAUUUUAAUAUAAUAUUAAUAUAAUUAUUAUCUAUUAUGUAUUUAGGGAAUACUACCUACCUAUAUAUAUAUACCUAAAACAAAAUUGGACACAGACACUCAUACUUCUUAUGAUUCCGCUUUACUGUCUAAAUUUGAAAAUAAAACUAAUAUCUUGAUUAUAUUAAAAAAAAUAUUUUCUUAAUAAGUAGUCCUGAGAAACUUGUUUUGUGUAAUUUAUAGAUUUAAUUAAAUUAAGUUACUAAUUUAUUUUCAACCUUGAAUACGAAUAGACAUAAAUUAAUGCAAUGUCAGUCGAAAUUCAGAGGAUUUUAACAUUAUUAAUAAGUUUUAUAACUAUUUUUAACUUAACUCGAUAAAAUUUUAAGCAAAUUGAAUGGUCACUAACUCCAAGAAAAAAAUAUUUGUAUAAAAAAAUACUGGAGCACAUUUUUGAAAAUUGUUGUCUGUGAUAUUGUGAUAUUGAAAAGUUGCGCACAACUAAUCAUCUAUUUUGAACAUUAAAUACUUGCAACUAGGUAUUAUAAUAUAAUUAAUAAUUUUUUUAAUGAAUAUUUAUAUAGGACAGGUGAAUAUUUUUAUAUAUAUUAUAAUUUUAUAAAAUCGAUAAUUGAAUAAAAUUUGCAAUAUUAGUACUGAAAAUAAAUUAUAUAACAUAAAAAUAUCUGGCAGCAGCAUUUACAAAAUAACUAUGCAUCUGUUAAGAUAUUUAUAGUAAUAGGCAUUAUAUGUAUGUUUUUGUAAUGUUUUCUAUUUAUUUACUUAUCAAAAAGCUUCAAGCUAUAUUUUUUUAAGUAGAUAAGAUAAAAUCAAAGAUCCUUUUUUAUAGUCAUAUAUUUUUUACUGUAUAUAAUAACAUACAAGUUUACUGUUGCCUACAAAAGUAUUAUACUAAAACACAUUUGGAAAUGGCGUACGGCGUUCAAUUGUAGCUUUACUAAAUAAAUUUAAAAAUUUACCAAGGAAUAUAAAAAUAGACUUUUAUAUCAGUAGCUAUAUUUGAUACUGAACUAUUUUUACAUUUUUGUAAUACUUUGUAAUUCGGUUGUAAAUAAAUGAGUAGACAAUAUAAAAAGUUUGGUAAUUUAGAUCCUGCACUCGUUUCUAAGAACGUAUAUGUUUUGGGAUACCUAACAUAUAAUGAAAUAAAGAUCUUGAUUUUCUCGACUUGUUUGCAUUCGAUUCAGAUUUUAAAAAUAACAAUAUAAAAAAAGAAAAUAAGUGUAAUUGUAAUUUGGAAAUACUAUAUAGUCUUAAAAUAUAAAGCAUAUCCAGGUGUUAUUAUGCUGUCAUAAGUAAUAUACUAAAAUCAAUAUUUAGUUUUAUGAUAGGAUGGGUAGACACAAACACAAGAUCAUGGAAGAUUAUAUUUUCUUUCUUCAAGAUUAAUUAAAUACAGGAGCACAAUGCCAGUAGAACAUAAAUAGAUCAUUUACAAUAUUCGUUGAUCUGAUCACUGUAUAAUAAAUGACAAAAAUUAGUAUUAGUAAAAUAUUUACGCAUAAAAACAAAGAUUUAUAUUUACAACAAAAUAAGUCUACAAAUUAGUGGUAAGAUAGGGCUUUGUAUCAAAAAUAGUUUUUACAAUAUAACCAAAUAUUACAUUGUAAAAGCUGUUUUUCUACUUAAUAAAAAUAUUGAUAUUACAAGCGAUAAUACAGAUCCAAAUAGAAAAUAAAAAUCGAAGUUUACGGAUAAAAAUUAUAUUGCCAUUUUACUAUGAUGACGAAUGCGAGAUUUUUCUCUGAAAAACAGGAAUAACUCUGAGACUACGAGUUAGAUUGAAAAAAUACAUAAGAUUACUAAUUUGUAGCACAGGCCACCUGGUUAUAACAGUUAAUUGUCCCGAAAUUCCACAACAAUUCUAUAAUGAACGUAUCAAUAUAGCAUAGCAUUGCAAGAUAA